ACCAGGAAAUUCCUUCCCCAGGCGUAGAGUGGUGAGACAGGGCCCAAUGAGAAGACAGUGAGUUGGGACAAGUGCAGCACUGCUGGGCUAGUGGAGGGAAACGUGUUCCCCUCUCAAUAUAUCUCAUAGCACCACUACAUUCCCCUUGGGGGGGAAUUCCUGUUCACUCCCAAUGGGUUUUGAGGUCCUACUGGAUCAUGUUGGAGUCCUAGGAAGAUUCCAGAUCCUUCAGCUACUUUUCUUUUACAUCACUAGCUUUAUAGCAUAUACUCAUGUUCUAUUAGAGAACUUCACAGCAGCCGUGCCUGAGCACCGCUGCUGGGUGCGCAUCCUCGACAAUCACACGCUCUCUGACAAUGGCACUGGGCUCCUCAGCCAGGAGGACCUCCUGAGAAUCUCCAUCCCACUCGACUCCAGCCUCAGGCCAGAGAAGUGCCGGCGCUUUGUCCAUCCCCAAUGGCAGCUCCUCCACCUGAACAGCACCUUCUGGAACCUGAGUGAGGCAGAAACAGAGCCCUGUGUGGACGGCUGGGUGUAUGACAAAAGCUACUUCCAUUCCACUAUUGUCACUGAGUGGGACCUAGUAUGUGAGUACCAGUCAUCCAAAUCUAUGGUUCAAGUAGUAUUUAUGAUUGGGUCACUGCUGGGAGGUCUGAUAUUUGGCCAUCUUUCAGACAGGUUUGGGCGGAAAACCAUCUUCAGGUGGUGUUUAUUCCAAAUGGCCAUCGGUGACACCUGUGCAGCCUUUGCUCCCACCUUCCUUGUUUACUGUUCCCUGCGAUUCUUAGCUGGGUUAUCUGUUGUGCCUAUUUUCGGAAACUCUUCUGUUCUCAUUGUAGAGUGGACAAGACCUCAAUCCCAAGCUAUGUUAGCAAUGUUGGCUUCCUACAGUACUGGGCAGAUGCUCCUGGGAGGACUGGCUUUUUUCUUUCGCAGCUGGAUCACACUGCAGCUGAUAUUAUCCAUACCUCUGUUGGUCUGCUGCGUGUUAUCAAGGAUGCUGGUAGAGUCUGCUCGGUGGCUGGUUUUUAGCAAUCAGCUAGAAAAGGGCUUAGAGGAACUUAGAAGAGUUGCACGUAUAAAUGGAAAGAAGAAUGCUGGGGAGACCCUGAGCAUCGAGGUUGUGAAAUCCAACCUGCAGGAGGAGUUUGAGGACGCCAAGGCAAAAAUAUCCAUUUUUCAGUUGCUCCACACACCCAGGCUGUGUAUGAGAAGCUGCUGCCUGAGUUUUAUCAGAAUGGCACUGUCUAUACCCUUCUUCGGCCUGAUACUCAACCUGCAGCACCUGGGGAGCAAUAUCUUUCUGUUCCAGAUUCUCUUUGGCCUUGUCACACUCAUCAGCAGAUUUGUUGCCUUCUUGGUAUUGAAUUAUCUGGGCCGAAAACAAAGUCAGAUACUAUUCAUGUUCCUGACAGGACUUUCGAUUCUGGUCAGCACCUUUUUGUCCCCAGAAACUCAGCAGACCCUGCGCAUGGUUUUAGCAACUCUGGGAAUUGGUGCUGAUACCACUGGCCUCACAGCCUAUUCAAUUCACUAUAUGGAGCUCAUCCCAACUGUAGUGAGGUCAACAAUUGGAGGAAUCACUGAACUUUUCGGCAGAGUAGGGGCAGUGAUGGCGCCUCUCUUUAUGACCUUAGCAGUGUAUUCUCCCCACCUGCCCUGGAUUCUCUAUGGAGCCUUCCCCAUGCUUUCUGUCCUUGCAGUCCUCUGCCUUCCAGAAACAAGAAACCGGCCUCUCCCUAACACUAUCCAGGAUGUGGAAAAUGACAAAACUGCUUCAAGAAAAGAAAAGAAGGAAGAUAUUUCCGUGAAAAUCACACAAUUUUAAGGAAUUCGGGAGAGUUGAUACAAACAAGCCCAAAAUAGGGCUCACUCCAGUAGGGAUGAAAUCAUCCAGAAGACAAACAACCAAUGCUGAUGAGAAUGUGGACGGAGAGGAAUUCUCCUGUACUCUUAGUGGGACUGUAGACUAGUGCACUCACUAUGGAAAUCAGUGCAGACAUUGAGGUCAGCCCAAGCAAAAGUUUGUAAAGACCUCCUCAUAACUACCAAAAGAUAGGCAUAGUUGUGCAUGCUGUCAUAUGCUGUCAUCCAGGAAGAGGGGGAAAUAUUAAAACGACUGGGGUUUAAGCGGGCUGGGGCAUACAUGUGAGACCUUAUUUAGAAAAUAAAGAA